AUGGAUACUCCUAGAGUCCUGCUGUCCGCCGUCUUCCUCAUCAGUUUCCUGUGGGAUUUGCCCGGUUUCCAGCAGGCUUCCAUCUCAUCCUCCUCGUCGUCCGCGGAGCUGGGCUCCGCCAAGGGAAUGCGAAGCCGCAAGGAAGGGAAGAUAGCGCGGGCGCCACGAGACAGUGUCACGGCCGGGGAGCCCCAGGAGCGCCACGAGCCACAGCCGCGGCCGCGGGAUGAGCCCCGGCGGCGGCCGCCGCAGCAGCCCGAAGGGCAGGAGCCUCCCGGCAUGGGCCCACGCGUGGUGCCCCACGACUACAUGCUGUCAAUCUACAGGACUUACUCCAUCGCCGAGAAGCUGGGCAUCAAUGCCAGCUUUUUCCAGUCUUCCAAGUCGGCUAAUACGAUCACUAGCUUUGUAGACAGGGGACUAGACGAUCUCUCGCACACUCCUCUCCGGAGGCAGAAGUAUUUGUUUGAUGUGUCCACGCUCUCAGACAAAGAAGAGCUGGUGGGCGCGGAGCUGCGGCUGUUUCGCCAGGCGCCCGCAGCGCCCUGGGGGCCGCCGGCCGGGCCGCUCCACGUGCAGCUCUUCCCCUGCGUGUCGCCCCUGCUGCUGGACGCGCGGACCCUGGACCCGCAGGGGGCGCCCCGGGCCGGCUGGGAAGUCUUCGACGUGUGGCAGGGCCUGCGCCAGCAGCAGCCCUGGAAGCAGCUGUGCUUGGAGCUGCGGCCCGGCCGCCGGCGGCGGCGCACGGCCUUCGCCAGCCGCCACGGCAAGCGGCAUGGCAAGAAGUCGAGGCUGCGCUGCAGCAAGAAGCCCCUGCACGUGAACUUCAAGGAGCUGGGCUGGGACGACUGGAUUAUCGCGCCCUUGGAGUAUGAGGCCUACCACUGCGAAGGCGUGUGCGACUUCCCGCUGCGCUCGCACCUGGAGCCCACCAACCACGCCAUCAUCCAGACGUUGAUGAACUCCAUGGAUCCGGGCUCCACCCCGCCCAGCUGCUGCGUGCCCACCAAAUUGACUCCCAUCAGCAUCCUGUACAUCGACUCCGGCAAUAACGUGGUCUACAAGCAGUACGAGGACAUGGUGGUGGAGUCCUGCGGCUGCAGGUAG